AUGCAGCUCCAGACGGGAGCUUCAACGGUCGUGCGCCACGCAGCAGCAGCUAGACGAGCUCCUCGGCUCAGUUCGUUGUCCAGAUGCUCACCCUCAGAACCCCCCAGAACAACGUAUCUCAUCCCCGGCGUCAGCAUCCCCCACCGAAAAACACUCCACCAUUCGGCGAGGAGGAGAUCGUCGGCCUGGGCUGCCGCUGUCUCUGUAGCGGGAAAUGUAGUGACCAACGCAAUAUCCCGCGCUACCAAGGGCGACUUGCCCUCGGUCGACCCGCUCCGCAUCGUGGCCAAGGAGAUGAAGUUUCUGACGGGCAACAUCAGGAAGCUUCUCGGCUCUGGCCACCCUUCCCUUGAUCGCGCAGCAAAGUAUUACACGCAGGCAGAGGGAAAACACGUCCGACCGUUAAUAGUCCUUCUCAUGUCGCAAGCCACGUCGCUCUGCCCCAAAACGCCUCAACGGCAGCACUCAACAACCCUGCAAGCCACGGCCGCUAUCGACUCGUCGAUUUCUCCCCUUUCAAUACUGUCCGACUUCAACCCAUCUGCGGGCGCCGAUAAUGAGCCCGCCUCGACCGACCGCGAUAUCCUGCCCUCCCAGCGGCGACUUGCUGAGAUCACAGAGCUGAUCCACACGGCCUCUCUGUUGCACGACGAUGUCAUAGAUCACUCCGUGUCACGCCGUGGGUCGCCGUCGGCGAAUCUCGAGUUUGGGAACAAAAUGGCGGUUCUGGCAGGUGAUUUCCUGCUUGGUCGAGCGUCCGUCGCCCUCGCUCGCUUGCGUCAUGCUGAGGUUGUCGAACUCUUGGCUACCGUUAUCGCCAACCUUGUCGAGGGCGAGUUUAUGCAGCUGAAGAACACGGCACGCGACGAGGCAAACCCGCGGUGGUCCGAAGACGCACUCACAUAUUACCUCCAGAAGACGUACCUGAAAACGGCGUCACUCAUUAGCAAGAGUUGCCGUGCCGCGGCGUUACUGGGCGGUUCAGAUGCCCAGACAGUUGAUGCGGCAUACAGUUAUGGUAAGAACCUUGGGCUCGCUUUUCAGCUUGUGGACGACAUGCUCGACUACACUAGGAGCGAGCGGGAGCUAGGCAAGCCUGCCGGGGCUGAUUUGGAGCUCGGGUUGGCAACAGCGCCGCUUCUUUUUGCGUGGAAGACAAUGCCGGAGCUUGGCGCUCUAGUUGGGAGGAAGUUUGCGAAGGAUGGCGACGUCACCAGGGCCCGAGACCUGGUCAUGCAAAGCGACGGCAUUAAGCAGACAAGGGCCCUUGCCGAAGACUAUGCAGAGCAGGCGAUUGCUGCCAUUCGCCCAUUCCCAGACAGCGAGGCCAAGAACGGCUUAAUAGAGAUGGCUGUCAAGACAUUAAAACGGCAAAAAUAA